CAGUCGAGUUAUUGAAACGCCAGCGAACAAAACACAAACAACGAUGCUGGAAUUUUUACGCCCAGCAAUUUGGCUGCAGCUACUGCUUCAUAUAUCCAACACCAUGGCGACAAAAUGGCUUGUGGAUAGUCCAGGUUUUGAUAAUCCUGCUGCGUGGUUGGAUGAACAUUUGCCUUGCAGUCGGGAGCAAGUCAUUUUUCCCGAGACAUAUCAAGCCCUAUUACCCCUACCCAGCCAUGUGGAUGUGGGAGGAUUUGUUUUACCCAAAGAUGGUGCUAUUUUUCUGCCCAGGGAAUCAACAAUUACCCUGGAGGGUAAUGCCAACGAAAGGGAGUGUGAUAAGGGUAAGGCUUUCCUAAAAGAGCCGAAGAUACGAAAAUGGUUUGAUCCCAAGACUUGGAGAUCCUCGAAUGAUUUCGCUGCCAACAAAGCCAUACCCGAUAUGGAAAGGGUGCCGUGCAACAAUGAAUCGGUGGUGAUACAAGCUAAUGGUCCGGUGGCCUUGGAUUUGGAAAAUAUUGAAUAUUUGAGAAUGGGACAAAUGAGUUUUGCUGGAUCGCUGCUGUCGCGGGAUUACCUAAGGCAGUUACUUUACAAUGAUUUGGGUCAGUUCCUGUUUAAAAAUCAGGCUGGAGUUAUGGUGGAAUUCUAUCAUCAUGAUGUGUGUGGCUGCCACAAGGAUUUCAAUAAUUUCGGUGAACCCAUAUGCCACAACAUUGUGGAGUCCUGUGAACGACCCCAUUGUCUGGUACCCGUCAUGCCCUAUGGCAGCUGUUGUGCAAUUUGUGGUGCGGUCAUAAAAUUCCAGGUGGAGUUUUGUGAAGAUGGCCGUUUACAUAUCUUGGAAGAUAUCCUAAAGUGGGCAGUGCGAGACCAAGACAUGCAGGAUGAUUUGGAUUACUAUGUCAAUUAUGUUAAUUCCCAGAAUUAUGGUAACUAUUUGCAGGCUGUUAUUGUUGAUCGGGAUGGUUACAAGGAGAAGAGCAUUAAAUUUUUAAGCAAGCUAAAUGAGACGCUAGACUGGAGAGCCAAGCUGAAAUUGGACAAGCAGCAUAUCUUUGGCAUUGAAUAUUCUGGGCGGCCCUAUAAUCCCAAUGUCACCUUUGGUUCGAUUUUAUUAAUUCUGCUGUGUCUGAUGUUUGUCUCUGUUGUGGCUUUGGUCAUCUUUGCCCAUUACCAACCCGACAAUCAUUAUCUCCAUUAUGUCCCCCGAUGGGUGUAUGAUCCAAAUCGUUGGCGUUCAUUAUUCCAAAGACGUGAUGCCGUCUUUGCUCGUUUUGAUAAUGCCCGGGCCAGUGUAAUGACCACCGCAGAUGUGGGUGGAAGAUCAGCAGCGGAGGGUUUCCGCAUGGGCUAUGAUGCUGAAAGUGGUGAUGUUCGUAGCAAGAGAGCAUUUGAUAAUCCUCUUUUUGACGAGAAACCCACAACUUCGAAGGAGAGAGGGGGUGCUGGUAAGGAGGGAGGGGAGGAAUUGAAGGAUCCACCCCAAUUGGUAAUGGAAAGUGUUGAUAUGACCGAUACCACUCUCAAUGCCAACGUUGAUGACGAUGACAAUGAAGAUGAACAGGAGUUGACGGAAAUUAAAUUGGAGACAACAUCUUCAUCAUCGGAUGAUGAGGACGAGAGCAAGGAACAGGAAACAAAGGAAUAAUUAUUUAACCAAAACAUAUAUUUGAAUAUUUUACUGUAAAACCAAAAUUUGUGGAUUUGAAAAAUAUUAAAUAAAUAAAAAUAA